AUGCAGCGACGGCGCAUCUUCCAGCGGAUCCUGUACCGCUCCGUCUACAUCCUCUUCUACCUUAUCCUCAUCGGACUACUUCUCAUCACACCCGGAGACGUCAUCCAACGCUCUGUCGGCAACCACGAGCGGUACAACAUCAUCGUCCUGGCGCUCGUCUACGCCGCGACGCUGCUCAUCGUCGGCUUUGUCUACGCCACUCGCCUCUACAUGAAUAAAACGGCGCUCGCCGCCAUUCCGAAAUUGUGGAUCCCAAUUGAUAGAGGCGACGUUAAAGAGCGCGUGUAUAAGAUGAUAUGCGCGGGGCUGAACCGCAGCGCAGCCGUGGCGUUCUUGUCGAGGCCGAGGGACAGGUCGCUGGCCGACGAGACGUCGUCGCGCGAGAAUCUCUUUGCUCAGCCGACCUUGCCGAUCAAGACGGCGAGGACGGUCGGCCUCGAGCUCGGGGUCGUGCUGCCGGCCAGAGGCACCAACUGGGCGGAUAUUGAGCAGCCUGGGUGGUCGUCGCCCAACUCGCCGGACCUGCCUAACCUGCAGUACAGCACCGUGCUGGCGGAGCUGCCGAAUUUGAUUGAGGCCAAGGCACUCACGUUGGCGCCGAGGGCGAUGCUGGGCGCAGAGCAACAGCCGGCGCUGGAUCAGGACAUGGUGGCGCUGCUACAGCGCGACCCGACCAUGAGCUUGCGAACCUACCUGGAUACCCUCGCGGAGCUCGGCGUGCUCGACACGGAUGAGCAGACGACCGACUUUCUCACACAAUACGAAUACGCGCGCUUCUCGACGCGGCCGCUGACCAACAGCGAGUUCCGCAGCCUUAUGCACCUCUUUGCCGAGCUCUUGCGCACAAUGCGCGCCCCCAACCUCGGCGACGCCACGCCCACCGCCCAAAGACGGCCACCUGAGAGCGCCCACGACAGCGACGCGCCGCUCGGGUCGCGCCCGACGACGACGCCACCACGCAGCCGCAGUACGUCCCGGUCGAUUCGCAGCGACGCCAGCAGCGGCAUGGUGGCGCCCGGCGCCGGCGGGGGAGGACGGCUACCCCUAUUUCGGCGAAACUCGUCGUUUCAUGCCUGGAGCCAGUACGCCACGGCGCCCAAUACGCCGGGGAGUCGCCGCACAGGGGCCGAGAGCGGAGUGCUCCGGCGCACGAGCAGCAGCAGCAGCAGCAGUGUCGCCACGACGACGGGGCACGGCACGUCGAAAAGGCUGAAGCAGGGUCCGCUGCUAACGCAACAGCGCUCGAGUACGAGUCUGCGGUCGAGUGUUUCGGAGAGCUCCCAAUCGGUGAUCCGGCUGGCGACGAGGGAGGAUGCGUCGGCGCUGCCAUACGUGUUGUCGCUGCGCCCGACCAUGGAUCAGUAA